AUGUCGUCAGAUAAAACGAGAUUUUUCCCACAGCUUCCUCCCAAAUGGAACUCGUGGUUGAAGGCCUUUGAGCUCCUGGUGAAACACGGAGCCUCGGUACAUGAAGUCAAUCGUGGGAAGACUUUGAGUAUGCUGAAAAUUAACUAUGCAUCCGGAGAAGAACAAAGUAUGGAUUACUUCCGAAUCCUUUUGUCGGAGGGCUAUGUAUACUGGGAGACUGCUGGCGAAAGCACCUGGUCUGCGAUUUCUACUGCGAUCAGAACGAGAAAGUAUGCUUUGCAAGCUCUGAAGUUUCUCGUCAGAAACGACGUCAAUAUGAACAGGGUCCUUGCUAAUGGCCAGUCACCGCUUCAUCUAGCUGCGGAGCUUGCUGACGACGUGGAAGUCCUUGAAUAG